AUGAAAGAGACAGCAAUCAAAAGUGUUGUUCGGGAUUCGCCUCUUGGACGACUGGUCCGGUUUGUGAGCAGCAAUCGAGCAUUCCCUUAUCCAGAGGAAGACCCCGGUUUUGUAAUUCCCUUCCAGUCACCGGAUACCCAAGACCCAGAGAAAGAAAAAACGGGUGACCGUGGUCCGACUUCAGGUCUGAACCUAACCCAUGAUUCCCUGGAAAAUAACGCCAAUGGCGCAAGCCUCCAUGAUCUGCGCACAAUUGCAACGGCUCAGUCGCACACAUCCCACGGUACACUGGCACGAACAAGUACCGUCAGUCGUCCUCGAACUCGAGAACAGACGGCUCCCUUCUCCCGCGAACGUUUCGAUAUCGAACAAACAGAAGCCAUCGAGCGCAGGCAAUCCUCGAUCGUCGAACCACAGCGCACUUCUGAUGGGCUCAUUGUGGUAGAUUGGUACACAACGGAUGAUCCUGAAAAUCCCCAAAAUUGGCCCUCCUGGAAAAAGGCAUACGCCAGCUUCAUCAUUGGGGCGUAUACAUUCAUCGUUUAUGCUGGCAGCGCGAUAUACACAAAUGCCGAACUGCCUCUCAUGGAUAAAUUCGGUAUUGGGAACAGUAAAGCAGCACUGGGACUGAGUGUUUAUGUACUUGGAUACGGGACUGGGCCAAUGAUCUUUUCACCACUGUCGGAAAUACCUGCUCUUGGCCGCAACACGCCCUAUAUCAUCAGCUUCUUUCUAUUUGUGAUACUAUGCAUUCCAACCGCAUUGGCGAAUUCCUAUGCUUCUCUCCUAGUCUUGCGAUUCUUGACAGGUUUCAUGGGUUCUCCCUGUUUAGCCACUGGUGGUGCUUCUAUGGGCGACAUGUAUGGCCUUCUCAAAUUACCUUACGCACUCACCGUAUGGGUUGCGGCAUCUUUCUGUGCACCGGCACUUGGACCGGUGUUGUCGGGCUUUUCGGUCAGCGCCGAAAGCUGGCGUUGGGCAUUGUGGGAGGUGCUGUGGGGUGCUGCGCCAAUCCUACUCCUGAUGUUCACCAGUCUUCCUGAAACUUCCGCCUCAAACAUCUUGCUCCGUCGCGCUCAGAGAUUGCGGAAGCUUACAGGUAGCUCAAUGUACCGAUCGCAAGGCGAGCUGGAUCAAGAACACAUGAGCGUCAAUCAGGUGGCUUUGGAAGCAUUAUGGCGACCAAUAGAAAUUGCGAUCAAAGACCCAGCCGUGUUUUUUACGAAUGCUUACACGGCUCUGAUAUAUGGUAUCUACUAUUCAUUUUUCGAGUGUUUUCCACUUGUAUAUAUCGGCAAAUACGGGUUCAAUCCCGGAGAACUGGGCCUUACAUUCAUUUGUAUUAUAGUUGGUUGUAUGCUUGGCAUGAUAACUUACUCCUGCUAUGUUUAUUUCUACCUCGAACCAGACAUCAAGAAACGUGGACUACGUCAACAGGAACAUCGGCUAGUGCCUGCUCUGUUUGCCGUAUUUCUGCUACCCAUCUCCAUGUUCUGGUUCGGCUGGACUGCGCGGCACGAUAUUCAUUGGAUCGUCAGCGUUAUCGGAAACAUGUUCUAUGCCAUGGGUGCCUUCAUUUUGUAG